AUGUUCGGCUUUGAUGACGGCGCGUCCAGGCGCGAGAAGUGCUACACGGCUGUGGGCGAGCUACCUCGCUUUAUCGACCCCAAGCAGCCGCCAACCAAAAGGUCGCCCUUUUUGGCCAUUUGCGGUCAUCCAUUUCUGCACACGGUAGAGCUGAUUUUACCCGAAAGGGUGUACACGGCUAUCGAGAGUUCAUUAAACUCUAAGUUGCAAAAUCUACAAUAUGCCAGAGUGUUCAUGUCUCUCUCCUCUCUGCUGGAGGGCGACUUUUUCAAUACUUAUAUCAAAACGGGGAACAUCCUCAUGAUAUCAGAAGGCCGACCAGGCUCGGACAAUGUCUUCUCCCUCCGAGAUGGAGUUCUGAGGCUAGAGCUCGGAAAAGAGAUAUAUGAGCGGACCGGACUCACCGGGAGGCCUAUUCGCAGCGGGGCAAGAAAGCAUGCCAAAGAAAGAUAUCUGAUCGAGAUUAACCUGCGACUGCCUUCAAUGCUCCAUGGCAAGAAAGGGUUUGAGAGGAUCGUCUGGGCAUGCAAAAACGUGCUUAAUCAGUCUGUAACCUGGCUUUUCUAUGAUCUAGGAUCUGAAUCGGGUGGUAUUUCUCAAGACGAUUUAUCUCUAAAAGGCUACUAUCCGCACAUUAUCGACUGUGAGCCCUCCCGGACAUAUCAUCGCAAUGUACUCAUCCCAUCUUUCAAAUCCAUCCACGUCACAGAGUCCAACCCCCCGGAGAACCUGAGAAGCUCAUGCAACGAGCUCUCCGAGUGGCUCGCAAUGGUAUCUCUCCAAAGCUCCCAAGUCUCUUCAACCGACGAUACCGAUCCAUAUCUAUCCCGCUACAGCGUCCCGGAUUCUGAGGACGGAAAUGGAAACUCAAACCCCUCCGACUUGGUCAGUUUGAAAUGGCACGGGUUUGCUAACCCCAAGUGGGUUAUGCAACUAUUCACAACUUUGCUGUAUGAUAUUACUCCCCCCUUUCUCUAUUUCAUCCUCCAAACUCCAUGGCCAGGAAUAAUUAAGCACCAAUGCCAUGACCCGACUAACGUUAUCAUCCAAAGACGAGAAAUUAGCCCCGUUGCCCCUACCGAAUCUGCCUGGUUUGCUCUUUCAUCGAGCGCACUUGGAAGAGAUGCAGUGGAAGGGAAAGACGGGUACACGAUUAUGACCCUGCCGCGGACAGGAAGUGAUAAGGAACCUACAGAUUCUCAAUCCAAAGGUUCUCGGAUGUUUGUCUGUUGGGAAUACGUGGCGGCUUCUGUCUUGGAUAAAUGA